AUGAAGUCAGCUAGUCUGAGAGAGCAUUUCGUAGGGCCUAUUUUCGCAGAUGAUCCUCUUAAGUUCAAACUGCCUUCUGGUGCAGCUUGUGGAAUUCUUCUUGCGGCGAAUGAAAUACGUAAAAGGUAUCGCCGUACUCAGUUACCAGUAGAAAGUCAAAAUGUCAUUGAUGAGGAUGUGAUAAUUGUCCCAGAUUCGUGCGACCAAAGUUUCAAUGAUGCAGCUUGUCAGACAUACUCAUCAGCAUUUCAUUCGCUUUCUGUAUUGUCCCCAGUGCCGAACAUUUCAACUGAUGCACUUAGCGUUGUGGGAAAUCUAGAAACCACAUCUCCUACAGCGGCUAUGAAUUCAAAUCCUAGGACAUCUAAUUCACCAAACUCACUAAAGCUAGAAUCAAAUACCGCAUCAACAACUGGAUCAGCAGCAAUGAUGGCUACUACUAUUGUUACCGCUGCGACUGUAAGUGGAAACGGAUUUAAUAAUUCUAUGCCGACUGAAAAUAGUUCGGCAACACUCCCUACUUUAAAUAACUCCUCAUCUGUCGAUGCCAGUUCCAUCCCUCAUCCACGAACUAGCCCCUCACCAGUGCCAUCACGUGUAUCAGUUUCAGCACCUAACGUUCAUACUCCCACCGUAACUUCAAAUACUUUUCCCUCGCAGCCUAACUUUGUGCUCAGCCCCUCUCCCAUAGAAUGCGGCAGUGGAGUCUUAGGAAACGAUGCAGUCAUUUUAGAACGCUUAAAACAACACUCUUCAGCCAGUGCCAUUAGGUUAGCAUCACGGCAGUUCGUCAAUGCAUACCUUAUGCGUGGUAGAGAUUUUGAUAUGGAAAUGGAACUUUCAGUAACACCUGAUGGGUCUAAACGUGUCACCGGGAUAUUUUAUUGUCACCUGUGCAGAGAGAAACGAGAGCGUACCUCAGCUGUACGUUUUUCAAUAGCUCGCAAUAGAUACCCAGUUUUGAGUAAUGUUUUGUCUCAUCUGAAAACUCAUUUCCACUACCGAGGACAACUACUGUCAGGAUUGCAGGCAUCAGUGAUCCAGCAAACUCAAAGCUUACUCAAAUCAGCUAAGUCACUUAACGAAUCCUUCACAGGCCAGGGUGUAAGUCAGUCUUCAGGAGCAUUUAAUUGUUCGAAUUAUCUUUCAGACAUAGUCGGGGAAAAUACCCUUAAUACAUCUAACAAUUCAUUUUUACAACCAUCUGUUUCUGUCAACCAGUUCCAUUCCCAUAUAAAACCAGAAUCCGCAGACUAUACCUAUACUGUGGAUUCUGAGGGUAAUGAAGAUUCCAAUUCAGUGCAUCCUAUUUUCGACAGUUUGUCUGCCUCUUCACACAGAUUAAAUUCAUCAAGUGAUAGAAGUUUGUCUCCUACUCGUGGUUUGGGACUUGACGUUGGUAUUCCCUCAAGACAAAAUACAACUUCCAGUAAUCGGUGCAAUACCCUCACAUCUUGA